AUGGAGCCUACUGGUGCUACCUAUGUCCUUACUGCCGCCCAGUUUGAGCAGCAGAUCACCCAGCAUGGCGGCGAUAUUGCUUGGCGGCGAGCCCAGGUCGACCGUGUCCUUGCUUCUUUUGAAGAGGCAAAAGGCAUCAUGUCGAUAGAUGGGGUAAGAGAGUUACACAAGUAUCUUGAGAGUGGUAAAUGGAUUCAGCAUUGCACCAAUGUGGGCCAGCACCCGGUCUACAAGAGGUUCGCCGGCACUGAUGGAAACGGCCUCAAAUCACUCUUCUAUCCUCAUUUUUUUGUUAUUCAGGCCGUAUUUGUCAUGAAUGGCAGGGAAACUGGCAGUGCUAUUGAACGCAUGUAUCAGGAGCUGUCGAGACAUUGGCUCAUGGACAUCACUCCGGACGUAACUUUUUAUCCUCGUCUUGCAGACCCCGAGAGGGAGCGUCAACUGAUCUUGGGAAACAUCCGAGGAGCCUGUGUCCCAAGUGAGAGACAAUUCAACAAACGCAAAGAGGGCAAACACAAAGAGUUGAGCGUCCACCUGGAAGCUGCCGCCAAGCUCUCCGCAGAAAUCCAGGACGAGGACGAGGAACUCGAACAAGAACUCCAGGAGGAGAUACAGAAUCGGCGAAACACUGAGCGCAGCAAGCAGGCAUUGCAAAAUCGACUUGAGCAAAGAAUAGACCAGCUUCAAGAUGCACAGGCGCAAUUACAAGAAAUAAGCCAUAAACUUGUUGAAUCGCGACAACACGCUAAGGGGCUCCAAAACCAGCUGGGCCAGAUGCAAACAUUCAUCACACAACAUCAACAAAUCUCAAUGCAAAUUUCACAGCUUGAGACGCAACGCAACAACCGAAGCGUGAUGAUGCAGCAGUGCAUCAACACCAUGGCUAGACAAAGCUCUUCUCGACUCGAAGGGUCGAGCGCGGCGACCAAGCGUCCGGCUGCUGAAAGUGCACAUGGCGAGGGAUCCAAGCGGCCUCGACAGAACUAA